AUGAAAGCCGGUGGCCACGGCUGCGACCCCCUAUGGGGCUUUAUCGCCAGGUCUCGCGCCGGUCACCCUGGCUACUGCUGCCGCGAGACGCCUGACGGUACGGUAGAGACGGAGGAUGGCGAGACAUUGGAAGAGGCAAGCGUGUUCUUCACUGGACCCGCGGCUGAGUCUAAGGAGCAGAUAUAG